GAAUCGACAUUCGUAAACCGAAAGCAGCGGCCAUUUUGACCAAAAAAACAGAACUAGAACAAAACAAUGACCGGAAGAAAUAACCCUCAAAAUAUACCAUUGGGUUCGUGAACACUGUUAAUUUAUUUGAAGGGGUUUUCUUCAGAUAGUAAGACAUGUAUCAGCCACAUCAGCCGCUCGAUUUUGCCGCCAUGGGUAUACCACCGGCGCCCGGCCAGCCACCCAUCCGGCCGCCCAUGCUGCACAUGGGCAUGCCCCCUCUACUCCCCCCGACCCUGCCCUUACCCCCAUCCCCGCCCAAGUUGGAUUCCAAGAUGCCCUCGCGGCCCGGGUUCGGCAAAGAAGGACGGGCCAUCACGCUGCGUGCCAACCACUUCAAGAUUACCAUCCCACACGACACUAUCAACCAUUACGAGGUGACCAUCGUGCCUGAGAAGUGUCCACGUAGGGUGAACAGGGAAGUGAUGGACACCUUGGUCAAACACACCAACAGAAUAUUCCAGAACAUCAAACCGGUCUUUGAUGGGCGUAAGAACCUGUACUGCCGACAGGAGUUGCCCAUUGGCAAAGAGAAGGUUGACCUGGAGGUGACCCUGCCAGGGGAAGGCAAAGAGCGGUCUUUCAAGGUGUCCAUCCGGUAUGUAGCCAAGGUCAGCCUGCAGUCCCUGGCCGAUGCCUUGGAAGGAAGGGUCAACAUCAUCCCCCAUGAUCCGGUCCUGGCGUUGGACGUCGUCAUGAGACAUCUACCCUCCAUGACUUACACCCCAGUGGGGCGAUCCUUCUUCUCACCCCCUGACGAUUACUUCCACCCCCUGGGUGGGGGGCGGGAGGUAUGGUUUGGCUUCCAUCAGAGCGUCCGGCCGUCCAAGUGGAAAAUGAUGCUGAACAUUGACGUGUCAGCCACUGCGUUCUACAAAGCCCAGCCUGUCAUAGACUUUAUGUGCGAGGUUCUAGACAUCGGAACCAGCAGUGACCAGCGCCGACCGCUCACCGACUCACAGAGAGUCAAAUUCACCAAAGAAAUCAAGGGAUUGAAGAUUGAGAUUACACAUUGUGGUAACAUGCGUCGCAAGUACCGCGUGUGUAACGUCACCAGGAGAGUUGCUCAAGCACAGACAUUCCCUCUGGAGUUGGAGAACGGACAGACGGUGGAAUGCACAGUGGCCAAGUAUUUCAAGGACCGACACAGGCGUAUAUUACAGUACCCGUUUUUGCCUUGCUUGCAAGUUGGACAAGAACAGCGCCACACGUACUUGCCUCUAGAGGUUUGCAACAUAGUGCCAGGCCAGCGCUGCAUAAAGAAACUAACCGACAUGCAAACCUCUACCAUGAUCAAGGCAACUGCACGCUCAGCCCCAGACAGAGAGCGAGAAAUCAACAACCUGGUUCACAGGGCACAGUUCAACAACGACCCCUACGUGCAGGAGUUCAGCCUCAACAUCAGCACGGACAUGGUUCGCAUCGAGGGGCGUGUCCUGCCGGCUCCGAAGAUCCAAUACGGAGGACGAGUGGGUCAACAGAGUGGCAGAAUGUUGGCGGUGCCUACGCAGGGCGUCUGGGACAUGCGGGGAAAGCAGUUCCACACGGGAGUCAAGAUCAGCACCUGGGCCAUCGCCUGCUUCGCACAACAGCACCAGUGUAAAGAAGAAGCACUCAAGAAUUUUACCAGUCAACUCCAGAAGAUCUCCAGCGACGCCGGCAUGCCCAUCGGCUGCCAGCCCGUGUUCUGCAAGUACGCCCAGGGCGCUGACCAGGUGGAACCCAUGUUCCGCUAUCUCAAGAGACAGUUCCCCGAUUUACAGCUCAUCGUGGUGGUCCUCCCGGGAAAGACGCCCGUUUACGCUGAGGUCAAGAGAAUAGGCGACACGCUUCUGGGCAUCGCCACCCAGUGCGUCCAGAUGAAGAACGUCAACCGCACCACCGCCCAGACCCUGUCCAACCUCUGCCUCAAGAUCAACGUCAAGCUUGGAGGGGUCAACAACAUCCUGGUGCCCAACCAGAGACCAGCGUUGUUCCGUCAGCCAGUCAUUUUCCUGGGUGCUGAUGUGACUCAUCCACCUGCUGGAGAUGACAAGAAACCUUCCAUUGCUGCUGUUGUGGGUAGCAUGGACGCCCAUCCCAGCCGCUAUACAGCCAGCGUUCACGUCCAGCAGCACCGUCAAGAGAUCAUCGUCGACCUCAAGGUCAUGGUCAGAGAGAUUCUAAUCCAGUUCUACCAAACGACGCGCUUCAAGCCAGCCCGUAUUAUCCUGUACCGGGACGGUGUGAGCGAAGGCCAGUUCCCACAGGUUCUGAACCACGAGCUGCGUGCAAUCCGCGAGGCCUGUAUGUCCCUGGAGGCGGGGUACCAGCCCGGAAUCACAUUCAUCGCUGUGCAGAAGCGGCACCAUACUAGGCUGUUCUGUGCUGACAAGAAGGAACAGAUUGGCAAGAGUGGUAACAUUCCAGCCGGUACCACGGUGGACACCGGUAUCACCCACCCUAACGAGUUUGACUUCUACCUCUGCAGUCACGCUGGUAUCCAGGGGACAAGUCGUCCGUCCCACUACCACGUCCUGUGGGACGACAACGAUUUCACCGCCGAUGACCUGCAGUGCCUGACCUAUCAACUGUGCCAUACCUACGUGCGCUGCACACGCAGCGUCUCCAUCCCGGCACCGGCCUACUACGCGCAUCUGGUGGCGUUCCGGGCGCGCUACCAUCUUGUCGAGAAGGACCACGACGGUUAUGUCAGUGGUCAUCAUUCAGGAACCAACAGCAAUGGUGAUGGUAGCCACACUACAAGUACCAGCGGGGGGCGGAGCAUAGAGGAGAUGAUGAGGGCGGUGAAAGUCCACGACGACAUUCUCCGGGUCAUGUAUUUCGCUUAGCAUUUUCACUUAGCAGGGUGCGCAGAAGGAAUCAUAAGGGUAAUGUUGUCCGUUGCGUGAAACAGUAAGAGCUCAAAAACAUUGCUCAGCACAUUUGACGCUAAGCCAAAGCUGGGCCGGAAACCAGUUACUGAGUAAUAUGCAUCACAUGAGUUUUGAGCUGGUAACCAUUCUGUUUUCGCUUAGCUGAAGCUUUUUGUGUUAAGCAGAUACCAGUGUUCAGCUACUUAGAGUUUGACGUGACUUUUUUUCUAAGCAGAAAUUCCAAGCUGAAACACAAAAGGCUAAGCAAAUAUGUCUCUCGAGAAAAGAUGAGCUGGGGACCAGUGAAAAGCAAUGUACAUUGUACAUUACAUGCCGUUUUGCGCGGUUACCAGUUUUUAAGCUCGGCACAACUCUAUUGGGCUAAGCAAUUUUCGUUUUGUCGUUGUAAGCAACUUUGGCCGUUGUAAUUAUUUGAGUGGUUUUCUAAGUCUUCUUUGCAUACAAAAUUAAUCUCAAUAAUGUUUUCUUAAUCAACUCUGUGGACGUUGUGUCCAAUUUGCCCAGAUGUUUUUUAACUUUCCACCCGAUUGUUGCAAUAAGAUAGAAAGUGAUAUUCCUACAAUUUCUUGACUUAGCCUUGCAAUUUUCACCCUGUUUAUUUCCACACAAUGCUUAAUGUUAUCUGAACAUGAGUUCUUUGCUAACCUUUAGAGAACUACACUGACUGUGUAGCACUAAGAAUAAUGACUCUCUUCGGGACUGCCCUAUCAGAAGCCUGCCCUCUCUAGUCCAAUAAGGUCCAGGUUUACUACUUACAGCACUACGAGUCAGUCGUAACUGGAUUGGCCAUUCAUGAAGUAUGUUAUACAUUGUAUACAUUGACUAUUUAAAAACAGCGGAACUUGUUACGUGGUUUCCUCCCCCCCCCCCCCCCCCUUAGUAUUCGUCCAGGAUUACUAGUGAGCCAUAUUUGAUGCCAAAAGUAAUCCUUGGAUUUUUUGUAGCCCUCUGUGAUGUCAAAAAUGAUCCAUGAAAUGUACUUGUGGAACCAUGUUUAAUUAAUACCAAGUAGCCAACAGUUAAAAUGCGCUGCAAAGCACACCAUGUAAUGUAUUUGGACCAGUGAGCCCGACAAUAAUGUACAGUUAUAAUAUUACAUGUCCCUUGAAAUUCAACCUUAAAAAGUCACAAAAGUGGUUGACUUUCUUAGACUUCUUGAAAUCAAUAUUGGAGUCUGUACAUGUAGUCUCUAACUUGACUUGUUUAUUUAUUGAUUUUUGCUGGUCCCAGAGGGCCAGCCUAGUGUUCCCUUUGUAUCUGUUGGACUGACUGUAAGCCGGGCAGUGCUGUUGUAUAGGAUUACCUUGUAAUGCCAACGGAUGGGCUGAAUCAGCCUAAUGUGUACACCACAUGCAUGGAGAGACUCGAGCCCGCCGCACACGAGAGCUACGUGCUUAGCAAAAAGUCAUUCAAGGCCGUAUGCUCAGCACGUAGCUCACAAAAUGUCCCAGUGUGCGGUAAAUUUUUGCUGAGUUUUCUGCCUCGCAAGGUCGUGAGGUAGAUAUCUAUCCUGCCUGAUUUUUUUUUUUUUUUGAGGCAAAAAACUCACUGUGUGGCAAUCUGAGCUUCAAGGCUUUACAGUUAAUAGUCAUGUGAAUCAAUUGAAGAGAAUUCUGUGUACUCUGGGACCGGCUUUAUUAGGUUUGCCUCGUCUUGUUUUUCUAUGGCUAGAAUAUAUUUACAUUUUCCGUAAACGUGUGUAUGUGCCUGUGGAUCAGUCGAGCGUUGCAUUAUAUAAAAAAAAAAAUUUAAACACUCGCGCUUGUUUAACUUCACUGCAAUCACCUCACACUAUGCACAAAGUGGUCUUUGUAAAUAAUCAACACAUGAAAUAGUCGUAGUGUUUAGAACGAUUUAUCAUGUACAGUUAAUAGUGUCGGUGUGGCUAUUUCAUGUCUGAAGAAAGAAAUAGUUUGAGAGAUGUUAACUUGCGUUGAAGCAAAUCAUGUCACAUUUUGUGCAGAAAUUUUGACUCCUGUAAAUAUAUUUUUCAGUUUACUGGUCUUGCUUUCAAAAUUUAGAAAUUUCAUCAUUUCUGGUAUUAAUUGGAACGAUAAGAUCUCAUAUCUCCAUAACUUAUGUAUCUAGCGAUAAAACAACUUAAAAGUUCAGAGAAAAAUACCUAUAACUGUCAAAUUUAUGAAAUGCGUCAUUACAUUGCCAUUUUCAUGACAAUGUGACUUUGAGAAUUGUUCUUGGGUGAGAACGUACUAUUCGUGUAAAGGUUUAAAGGUCAAAGUGCAGAGGUCAGAGUUCACAGUGCAGAGUUCAGGGUAAAGUUCAAAGGUCAUAGUGGCGUGUGUGUAUUAUUGACUGGGACCAAUUUCAGGAAGCUGCUUUGCCGAAAAUGCUUAGAAGCUUUAUGCGCUAAGCGAAAGAUAAGUUGAGAACCGGUCACAAGUCAUUGACAUCGCAUGGCAUCUUGGCUGGUAUCCCAUUUCCGCUAAGCAGGUUUUUCCCGUGAUUAAGCAGAUUCCUGAGAUUUGCCCUCGUGGUGCUGGACUCAUGAGGUAAAAUAACGGAACAAGAAAAUGCAAUAGUUAUGACUUUUGAAAUAACAAAAAACAAAUAUUUAUUAAUAAAUAUAAUUGAAAAAUAUAGCAAUAGUCCGCGCCGGCCAAUAAAAAUUGAAAAGAAAAAGUGUCAUGGGUUUUUGUGUAAUAUAAACAUUUUGAAAAGAAAACGAAAUCAUGAUCAAUCUAAUCAUUAGUUUUAGAUGGAUAAGUGUUUUUUUCGUGUUGACGUGAUUUGUAGAUAAAGUUAGAUGAAAGUUUCAUUUCUUGGUGUGAUUUUGUUUUCUCAGAACAGUAACUACCAUCGCAACAAUUUUGAGAUGGUAGAUCAGAAACUAUGCCGUUUGUGUGUAUAACUUCAGACUAUCGUUGUUUGAGAUCAAUUAUACAAUACCUGAAUAAAUCCCUGUUAUCCCCUACACAUUGAGUCGUUUGUCCCAACCCAUGGCCCAGCCGCACCACAAGAUUAGCUCUAUUCCACGGUAAAUAGAAAUUCUAUUGCACGGUCACACCAUUGUGGCUCUGACCAAUCAGAUGACGAGGAUUUAUUCAGGUGUUGUAUAAAACAAAUAAUAAGUGUUUCACUUUUGUAUUUUCAUUCGGUGACAGAUUGAAUGUUCCAUGCCACGAGACCAACAUUCCAUCUGUCACCUCAUGAAAUUAUUCUUACUAUUGCACUCGUAAACAGUCAUUGCACUGUAGGUGUAUACUUAUAGUUUCCUAGCUUUUACUCUGAUAAGUACAAAAUCUCCAACUGGUUCCAGUUGAAACUACAACCUUAAAACCUCAAUUCAAUUUGUUACAGUGCUCUAGUUUUUCUAACUACAUGUAUAUUAGUGGGGUAGAAAUAAUUCCUACUUUUGAGCCAAAAAAAAUACCAUUCAUUUUAAAUUUUUAUAUGUGUUUAUUUCUAUUUGAUUAUCUACAUAUUUGUUUUCUGAAUUGAUUUACUGAUUACUUAUAAGAAGGAAAAUUUUGCAGUGAUGAGCCAUUAUUUUUUUUUUCUUAAUGAAAGUGGAGCCGUAAGUAGGUUAAAAUUAAGGUGUAGUUGUCUGUUUUCUGAUAAAACCAUGUUUGUUGUCAUAGCUUGUUCGAAAAUUUUGUGAAAUCUAAAAAAAAAUCCGAAAAUGUUGGUGGAAUUUUGUUCUGAUUGUAUCUUUAAAAGUUGUGGUAUUGUUUUGUUCAGAGUGUUGCUUUGGACGUUGAAUUAUAUGCUGCAAUUUUUGUUUUGAUGUGGAUUCAGAACAGUCUACGGCUGUUUUGUGCUGCAAAAUGUGAAGAUAAAAUGCAUAUGGAGGUUUAGAAUUGACAGGAAACAGUAGUUUAUUUGACACGAAUUAUGUAGGAUCUAUUAUUGGACCUGAAGGGUCAAUGCAUAGGUCCUUUACAGGGGUAGGGCAUCUUUACAGGGCUUUUUUGUACGAUCUGGUGUAGGUCCUUUUUAGUAAAGAUAAUGUUCCUUUAAUUGGUCAUAUGCAAUGUUAGGACAUAAUUUGACUGAUUUUGUACAUGUACGAUCCAAUAUAGGUCCUGUAAUUUGGGAUUGUUCCCACUCAUAGGUCCUUUGUAGGUGAGAAACCUGUGAGCCUAUGAUCGUAUUCUUUCUCAGUAUGUGACAUGUAGAUCCAGUGUAGGUGUUAGACCCAGACCGUUGUAAAGGUGAGCCCGAUCCAAAGAGUUCUUGCUUUAAGUGAAUCCUACAUAGGUCCUUUGUACCUGAUCCUAUGGAUCAUAGGUGAGAUAGGCCAUGCAAGGUACUGUAGUCGUAAUAGAUCCCACAGUAUUCCAAAGUGUUCCUCAAUGUAACAUUGGUCCUACCCAGGUGAGAUUGUAGCACCUACAUAGGUGCCACAAAGCCUCAUUGUGACCAUAGGUCAAAUAGAUCCUACAUAUAUAGGCCAUGCAAGAUACUGUUGUCGUAAAUCGCCAUCAAUGAUAUAUAUUCCACAGUGGUCCUCAAUGUAACAUUGGUCCUACCCAGCUGAGAUUGUAGCACCUACAUAGGUGCCACAAAUCCUCAUUGUGACCAUAGGUCAAAUAGAUCCUACAUAUAUAGGCCAUGCAAGAUACUGUAGUCGUAAAUUGCCAUCAAUGACAUAGAUUCCACAGUGGUCCUCAAUGUAUCAUUGGUCCUACACAGGUGAGAUUGUAGCACCUACGUUGGUGCCACAAUUAGCCUCACUGUGACCAUAGGUCAAAUAGAUCCUACAUAUAUAGGCCAUGCAAGAUACUGUAGUCGUAAAUUGCCAUCAAUGAUAUAGAUUCCACAGUGGUCCUCAAUGUAACAUCGGUCCUACCCAGGCGAGAUUGUAGCUUCUACGUAGGUGCAACAAAGCCUCAUUGUGACCAUAGGUCAAAUAUAUCAUACAUAGCUACUACACAGAUUAUAUCAUGUAGGUGUAGCCUAGAUUAUGCAUAUUGGUCAAAUAUUUUUUGAAGAUGCCGUGAGUCUAAUUUACAGUUGUAUCCUGAAAUAAUUUUACUGCAAUCUUCAACAUUAUCUAUACAAAAGGGCACAAGUACCAACUUCUUAAAAUCCUUGACAGAGUUGGUUUCAAGAAAUGACUAACAUGUGAGUCAAGUUUCGUUUUCAAAUCAAAUUUUCUUUUAUUCGAGACCAACAUGAAAGUGUCUGAAUGUUAGAGAAUUUUUGACGCAAUAUUGCCGUAAAAGUUUAUCAGUUAACGUAGUACUUUUCCAUUAUCUAAAAAUAGUCAUAAAGUCAGUAGGUAAUGUAUGUUAUCCCACUCGCAGCACAAUAAUUAUGAAUUAACAACAUCGUUUUUAUUUAUUUGUUGCAAUGUAUAACUCUGUUUAUGCUUUUUGCUGUGGCUUAAAGGUAUUUUACUCUUUUGUGUCUGCUGAUUAUUUUGAGAGAAAAAUAAACAUUUGUAUGCUUUCAGAGAAUAAAUAUUGACAUAUGGAAA